GCAGAUCUGAAAUCCAUACUCCAGAUUUUGACAAAAAGCAUUCCGUACAUAAGGAACGACAGCACAAACAUUCCCGUACAAAUUUCAGAGACUCCUCUCUGGUCAGAGCCUGUAAGUGAAGAAGAAAGGAAUUUGGAAUGGGCUCAAGAUUCUGAAACCAGAGAUUUAGCUGAAGAUUCAAGAGAUUCGGAUGAUCGUGAUGUGGAUUUGGGUACCGCCAUUAAGCAUCUCCAAGAGUUCAUCCCUGACAUCCAGGACAGGGCCGCCACCACGAUCAGGCGGAUGUAUCGAGACGACUUGGGACGGUUUAAAGAAUUUAAAGCACAAGGUGUCGCUAUUAAGUUUGGCAAGUUUUCUGCCAAGGAAAAUAAGCAGUUAGAGAAUAACGUGCAAGAAUUUCUAGCGCUGACAGGAAUUGAGAAUGCAGAUAAGCUACUCUACACGAGCAGGUAUCCAGAGGAAAAAUCCGUGAUUGCCAACUUAAAAAGGAAACACUCAUUUAGAUUGCACAUUGGUAAAGGCAUUGCCCGGCCCUGGAAACUAAUAUACUAUCGAGCAAAGAAGAUGUUCGAUGUCAAUAAUUAUAAAGGCAGAUAUAGUGAAGCAGAUACGGAGAAGUUAAAGGUAUACCAGUCCCUCCAUGGGAACGACUGGAAAAAGAUUGGUGAGAUGGUGGCCCGCAGCAACCUCUCUGUGGCCCUGAAGUUCUCCCAGAUCAGCAGUCAAAGAAAUCGCGGUGCUUGGAGUAAAACGGAAACACAGAAACUAAUCAAGGCUGUGAAAGAAGUGAUUCUAAAGAAAAUGUCUCUCCAGGAGACGGAGGAGGUAGAUUUCAAACUCCAUGAAAAUUCUGCAGGUCGCCUAUCAAUUGUGCGGGAAAAACUCUACAAGGGCAUAUCUUGGGUGGAAGUGGAAGCCAAAGUGGAAACCAGAAAUUGGAUGCAGUGUAAAAGUAAGUGGACAGAAAUUCUAACCAAGAGGAUGACUAACGGUCGAAGCAUGUACCGUGGAGUAAAUGCCUUGCAGGCCAAAAUCAACCUUAUUGAAAGGUUAUAUGCAAUAAAUGUGGAAGAUACUAAUGAAAUAGACUGGGAAGAUCUUGCUAGUGCCAUAGGUGAUGUUCCUCCAUCUUAUGUUCAAACUAAAUUUUAUAAGCUGAAAGCUACCUGUGUUCCCUUUUGGCAGAAAAAGACUUUUCCAGAGAUCAUCGACUACCUUUAUGAGACUAGUCUGCCUUUGCUUAAAGAACUGUUGGAAAAGAAGAUGGGUCGAAAAGGCACUAAAAUCCAGACGCCCAUGGCACCCAAGCAAGUUUUUCUAUUUAGAGAUAUCUUUCAUUAUGAAGCGACAGUGAGGAAGAAGACAUAGAAGAGAAAGUUAAGCAGGGGUGACU